CGCAAGCGCGCACGCUCGCUGGAGCGUCUUCUGAAGAGCGGCAAGCUUCCCGAGUCGGCGCGCGCUCAGAAGGAGAACGAGCUCGCGGAGCUGCUGCAGCAGGCGCAGCGGACAAAGCGGGUCGAGCGCGAGAAGCUCAACAGCAGAAAGUACCACGGCGUCAAGUUUUUCGAGCGGCGCAAGCUCGAGCGGCGGAUCGAGUCGCUCAAGCGGAAGCUGGGCGACGGCUCGAGCGGCGGCGGCGAGGCGGAGCGCCUCGAGGAGCAGCUGCGGACCGCCGAGCACGACCGGCUGUACGUGCUGCACUUUCCGCGCAACAAAAAGUACCUGUCGCUCUUCCCAUCCUCGGACGCGGACAACGAGGCGGUGGCGAAGCUGCGGAAGAAGAUCCGCGACCGGAUCGUCCGGCAGGCCGAGGCGGGCAAG